AUUGUGACUGAGGAAGGUGGGUAUGAAGUGAUCUGCAAAGACCGUCGCUGGGCAAGAGUCGCACAGCGUAUGUGUUAUCCUUCAGGAAAGAAUAUUGGCUCACUCCUGCGCUCCCACUAUGAACGUAUUGUUUACCCCUAUGAGCUUUAUCAAUCAGGAGCCAACCUAGCUCAAUGUAAAGCUCGACCUCUCUAUGACAGUGAAGAGAUUGAUAAAGAAUAUAAGCCUCACAGCAUUCCACUACGCCAGUCUGUCCAGCCACCCAAAACCAAUAGUUAUGGUCGUCGUGCAAAGCGUCUUCAGGCUGAUCCUGAGCCCUCAGAAGAAGAUAUUGAAAAGAAUCCAGAACUCAGAAAACUGCAAAUUUAUGGAGCCGGUCCAAAAAUGAUGGGUCUUGGAUUAGUAGCAAAAGAUCGGAACUUACGGAGGAGAGAUAAAGAUAUUCCUGAAUGCCCUCCUACUUUGAUUGUAAAAGAUGAGCCAAUGGAAGACAUCCGACUGGAGCCAUGCACUGUAGAAUUCUGUUACGAUAUUAAAGAGGAGGAAGAAGAAAAUGGUGAAAAUUCAAACACUGUCUCCACAAAAUCAACACGGUUGCGAAGAAAUGCUGCUAACAGCCAGUUUACAAGAAAACCUGUAGCAAAGGCAGAGUUCUUCGUAUGCCGAAUAUGCGCCCGAAGUGAUGAUGAUGACAAACUGUUGGCGUGUUUUGUUUGCAAUGAUAGUUAUCGUAUAUAUUGUCUCCUUCCACCUCUCCCUGAAAUUCCCAGAACAGUAUGGCGGUGCCCAAAGUGUGUUGUUGAGGAGUGUAAGAAGCCACCUGAGGCGUUUGGAUUUGAGCAAGCCACCCGAGAGUAUACUCUGCAAAGCUUUGGUGAAAUGGCAGAUACUUUUAAGUCGGAUUACUUCAGUAUGCCUGUUCAUAUGGUUCCUACAGAACUAGUGGAGAAGGAGUUUUGGCGCCUGGUUUGUAGUAUUGAUGAAGAUGUUACAGUGGAGUAUGGGGCGGACAUUCAUUCCAAAGAGUUUGGGAGCGGGUUUCCCAUGAAAAAUGGCAAACGUAAACUGACUCCAGAAGAGGAGGAGUAUGCAAUAUGUGGAUGGAACCUGAAUGUGCUGCCAGUGUUGGAUCAGUCUGUCCUCUGUCACAUCAAUGCAGAUAUCUCUGGCAUGAAGGUGCCUUGGCUGUAUGUUGGUAUGGUAUUCUCAACUUUUUGCUGGCAUAUUGAAGACCACUGGAGCUAUUCCAUUAACUACCUCCACUGGGGUGAGCCCAAAACAUGGUAUGGUGUUCCAUCAUCUGCAGCUGAACUUCUUGAAGAUGUGAUGAAGAAGCUGACACCGGAGCUUUUUGAUAGUCAGCCAGACCUUCUGCACCAACUGGUUACCAUUAUGAAUCCGAAUAUACUGAUGAGCUAUGGUGUUCCAGUUUUUCGGACAAAUCAGUGUGCUGGAGAAUUUGUCAUAACUUUCCCUCGUGCAUACCAUAGUGGAUUUAACCAGGGUUACAACUUUGCUGAAGCUGUAAAUUUCUGUACCGCAGACUGGCUUCCAGCAGGUAGGCGGUGCAUUGAUCAUUACCGGCGUCUUCGACGUUAUUGUGUCUUUUCCCAUGAAGAGUUAAUAUGCAAGAUGGCAGCUAAUCCAGAAAGACUCGACUUAAAUUUGGCAGCAGUUGUACAUAAAGAAAUGCUUGUCAUGGUGCAGGAGGAAAGAAAACUGCGUAAAGCUCUGUUAGACAAGGGUAUUACUGAAGCCGAACGUGAGGCCUUUGAAUUGCUGCCUGAUGAUGAGAGACAGUGUAAUAAAUGCAAAACCACCUGCUUUUUGUCAGCACUGGCUUGUUAUGACUGUCCUGAUGCUUUGGUCUGCCUGUACCACAUUGAUGAUCUGUGCAAGUGUCCCAGCAACCGACAUUAUCUAAGGUACCGCUAUACUUUGGAUGAACUCCCAACAAUGCUUCACAAGCUCAAAGUCAGAGCAGAGUCAUUUGAUAUCUGGGCAAACAAAGUGAAAUUUACUUUGGAAGUAAUUGAUGGACCCAAGAAAACACUUGAGCAGUUAAAGGCAUUGCAGUGGGAGGCAGCAGAGAAGAAAUUUCCAGAAAAUGAUCUCCUUCAGCAGUUAAGAAAUGCAAUCACCGAAGUUGAGAAAUGUGUUUCAGAGGCACAGAGCUUGGUUUGUACUAAGAAGUCAUCACGCGUACGAUCUAAGCUGACAGUAGAGCAAUUGAAAACAUUUUUGGAUCAGAUUCACACCUUGCCUUGCAUAAUUCAUCAAGAGAAGGAUGUGAAGGAUUUAUUGGAGAGUGUGGAGUCAUUCCAGCUUCUUGCUCAAGAGGCUCUAAAAGUAUCACCGCCAAAUAUUUCUGACCUUCGGGAUCUAAUCGAACAAGGAGACCAUAUGGUUAUUGAUGUGCCAGAAAUGAACCAACUACGGGGUCAGGUGCAGCAGGCUUUGUGGUUAAAUGAGAUGAGGGAGACUUUGGCCACAUCAUCAUCACGCCAUGUAACACUUGAUGUUAUGCGACGUCUCAUGGAGUCUGGUUGUAAUGUGACCCAAAAUCUUGAGGUGGAGAAAGCCAUGGCAGAGUUACAGGAGUUGCUUACAAUCUCUGAACGAUGGGAGGAAAAGGCACAGAUUUGUCUAGAAGCAAGGCAGAAGCAUCCUCCAGCCACAUUAGAAGCCAUCAUUAAAGAAGCUGAAACCAUUCCAGUGUUCUUGCCCAAUAUUCUGUCGUUGAAAGAAACACUUCUGAAAGCAAGGGCAUGGAUUGCUGAUGUGGAGGAAAUACAGAAUGGCGAUCAUUAUCCAUGUUUAGAUGAUCUGGAAGGACUUGUGGCAGUGGGUCGAGAUCUUCCAGUUAGAAUGGAUGAACUGCAUCAUCUUGAAGUUCAAGUGAUGGCUGCCCACUCGUGGAGAGAGAAAGCAUGCAAGACAUUUCUCAAGAAAAACUCUUGCUAUACACUGCUAGAGGUUCUGUGUCCGUGUAAUAACGUUGACUCUCACAAUAUUAAAAGAGCCAGGUGGAAAAAGGAGAAAGACUGUAGCCUUUUCAAGUCAGACAUUGAAAGCCUUGGAUUAUCAGCACAAGAUCUCAGGGAACCAGGCUCUGUUAGUCUGGCAUUUAAAGAAGGAGAACAGAAGGAGAAGGAAUACAUUCUGCAGCUUCGGGAACUGAAUGCAUCAAAAUCUCAAACUUCUCAGCGCAAUGAACAGCAACAGUACUGUGUUUGUGGACAACCUAGCAAUGAUCUAAUGCUUCAGUGUGACUUAUGCAAAGACUGGUUUCAUGGAACAUGUGUUACAUACCCAAAACUCACCAAUCAGAAACACUCCCUUGCCUGGUGGGACUGGGACUUCAGGUUUCUGUGUCCAUUAUGUAUGAGAUCUCGAAGACCACGCUUGGCAACUAUUUUAGCUUUGCUAGUAGCAUUGCAGAAGCUACCAGUGAGGCUGCCAGAGGGUGAGGCUUUGCAGUGCUUGACAGAAAGGGCAAUAACUUGGCAGGACCGAGCAAGGCAAGCACUGGCAGUUGACGAAGUAACUGUUUUGCUUGAGAAACUGAAUGAACUUGGGCAGCAACUCCAGAAUGAGGUGACCAAGGAGCUGGUAGUACUAAAGGAGAGCACCAGAAAUGAAGACUCCAGCCAAGAGUCUAAGCAGGAUGAGUCGUCCGUUGCGGACGCCGGUUCUUUGGAAACUACGGACAAUCACAUGAUCAACUCAUACCUUCCACGAUUAAAAGGUGCUGUAAUAGAGAUAUCUGAAAGUACCCAGCAGCAGCUCGAAGAACUUAUGAUGGAAGGAGAUCUAUUAGAAGUUAAUCUGGAUGAGACACACACUAUGUGGAGAAUACUUCAAGCAGCAGGACCUCCUCCAUUGAAGACAUUACAAAAGUUUGUAGAGAUUGAGAAGUCUGAGAGGAAGCUGUCCAAAGCAAAAGGAAAGGACUCUGAAAAGAAACGAAAACGGAAGUCCGAGAGGGGAGAUUACACACCCACAUCGCAAGAGGAACUGGAAACAAAGAAGAGCAGAGAUGAGCCAGCUAGUGAUUCCUGUGUUAAGAAAAAGGCACCACCAGCUACAGAGAAUCAAGUAGAGUCCAAAGAGGAGCAUUUGUGAUGGUUACUCCAGCAUGUCUUUUGCCCACAGACUGUGGACAUCUGGACCUUUAGACUAGACAUGUUCGUAAACUUCUUCCAAGGUCACCCUUGAGUCAAAAGAAAGUCAGACUCCCAAUGGCUUUUCUGUUUGUGAAACCAAAAUCCUGCAGGAUGACAGAUUCUCAAUAUUAAUCACGUCCUAGCCAGUUUGGCUCAUCAUCUGGAUUUUUAUGGACUCUAUUUUUUCUUGUCCUCAUUUUUACAGUUCCUGCUUUGACAGAAUCAAGAAUAAGUAAAAUAGUCCUUGAGCGUUAAAAAGCUGUAUACCUUUUUAAAGUACAGAGCUCACCAUCUUACAGAGUGGUGCCAAGAAUGUGUUAUCAGAUAUCAGUAUACUGUGUUUUCACCUUCAAGAUGGUACAUGGAAAAAGAGGAAUCCUAAUUAUAUGUGGGUGGAUUGAGGUAUUCCCUAUGGUUUACAUAUGUACCCAAAACAAGACGUUGGACUAGGAUACUACUGCAUUAUUCAAGUAGCCAAAGUCAGGUUGAUGGACUUUAUACAGCUGUUCUUUUUUCAUUAUUUAUUUUCUUUUUUUUUUUUUUUUAUUAUUUUGAUGGCGUAUUGCUUUAUUUUUUUUUUCUCAUUUGAUCACGUUUUUGAACAAGAGUAAUACUCUACAGUCUGUCGUUAAAGAUGCAGGAAAGCCAGCUAUGCAGCUUUUUGGGCAUAGGAAUGACUAGCAGUGUUGCAGGAUGGACAUGUCACAGUGUGAAAAUGAAUGGCUGUAAAACUUUGUUUUUGUACUUUACUGUAUAUAAAAAGUAUUACAGUACAGAAUUGUACUGCGGCAUCCCUAACUUGAAUUUCUUAAUGCCACACACUUUUCUGUGUUACUGUUAUGUACAUUUUUUUUGUUCCUUUCACUUUAUUGUGUUGGGAGCAUGUUACCUUUUUGUUCUACUUACCUCCAAAUUCCUCCCAAAUUUCUUCAUUUGGUAGGACCUUCAGUUCUAUUUCAGCAGACAUUUAUUUCACAUGAUUCUGAGCAGCAUGAAAAUGUGAUGUUGCUGUGUUUUAUUCCCUCCUCUCUAUUAAUUGUUCCAUUGUUAAAAGGUUGUGUAGACCUCUACCUCUCUUACAUUAAGUAAAGAAAAAGAGAGACUGCAGAUAUCAGUUAGCUUUUCAGAUCAUACACUGAGAACAGCAAGGCGUCGUCUUACUAGUGCUUUCUUUUGGUGCUUCCAAGACCUUUGAUUUCACAGAUGUGCCCCCACCACCACAUUUGGUGUCAUGGCUGAUGUCAUGAUGGCAUCACAAAUUUCUCCUGUUAUGUUGCAUGUUGAAUUCCCCAAGUUGCUAUCCUUAUUGUGCCUGGCAUGCAGUAUUAGGGGUUGAAAAUUAAACAAUGUAACAAAAAAUGCGAAAAAGUUUUCCUUGUAGAUUCUACACAUCUCCUUAUUGCAUAUUAUCCAAGUCUUUCAAGAGCAGGUCAAGUAUCUUAAGUAGUGGAACUGCAUGACUUGAAUGUUUCCUGCAGCAUAGUAGCUACGUUGCUUGUGCCAUACAGAUUGUCUGCACUUUGGGUUACAACUUAUGAUUAGUUCAUGCAGAGUACAAGUCUAUCAUUUAGUAAAGGCACUCCUUCAAUGGCAGUUCCUGUUAAAAUAUUUCCAUGUUCUGUGUCAUUAUAUAUAUAUAUAUAUAUAUAUAUAUAUGUAUGUAUGUAUGUAUGUAUGUAUAUAUAUAUAUAUAUAUAUAUAUAUAUGUGACAGCCUGUGUUAGAUCUAGCAGUUCAUAGCCCAAGAAGAGUGUACUUUUUUCUGUUUUAAUUUAUUGAUGUUGCAUGUGGCACAUAAGAAAGGGAAUUAAAAGAAAAAAACUCCACCUAUUAUUUGGCUUAAACUUCAUAGUCUUAGCUGUAUCUUGGGAGUGCUUGUGGCUUCGUUGAGUUUUGGACAUGGGAUGGCAUGGAAUUGAAGUCCAGUGCUUUACUUUUUGAAAUGAGAUGUGGAAAAUGUUUAGCAGUUGGGCAAGGUUUAUUAUAGUCUGUUUAUAUCUAUUCAGUCAUUGUAAAUCAGGAUUUUAUAUUUUGCAGUUGAUGCAGCCAUGUGGCUUACAGUCCAGUCCUCCCAUUCCCCAAGUCCCGAUUAUUCUGUAAUUACACAGAAUGAAAAAAGUAUGCAGGCUUUAAAGCAGGUCUCAAAAUCAGAAACUUUUUUUUUGUAGGUAGGAGGUCUGUACAGACUUUGGAACAGGUGCACCUUUUCUAAAAUGUAGAUACAUCAGAACUGCUCCUGGUAUUUUCAUUUCUGCACCCUGAGUUUAGUGACCAAGUUAUUUUUAAAGAUGUUUAUAGUUAAAAUGUAAAGUGAUUAAAUAGUUUUUGUACUCCAUCCCACUCCAUUUCUAGGUUUACAUCAGUUUGCAGACAUUUAUCUUUGGCAACUCAUUACUAUUUCAUGUUAUUUAUCAUACCGGCAGAAGUGGGGAAAAAAGUGCGCAUAGAUGUCAACAAAUACCCCGUAUCUACUGUCAUAAUAUGAUACAAGAGAGUCAGUAUCUCUGAGAAUUUAUAGUCUUGACACUUUUAAAACUGUAUUUUAUUUAAAACCUUUGGAAAAUUCCUAUUGCUCACACUAAACCUACAAUGUAGAAAAUUUAAAGAAAGUUUUAUAUAUGGGAAGAAUUAUUUUCUGGAGGUGAUGAAGCUAUAAACUGCAUAAAAAACUAAAAUCUCCUCUGGUGCUGCUCGAAUGGGCUCUUAUUUCUUGUUCUUUUUCCAUUUGUAAUUAUCAUUGGUUUGCCUGUAAUUACCUUGUUAACAUUGUUCAGGAUGUUUCUUUUUUGUUUCCCAGAUAGAAAUUAAAAGUUAGAGAUCUGGUUUUUGCAAUCUGUUUUUCUAAUAUUUCAUAAAUUUUGUACCACAUUACCCAGUUUAUAUGUAUGGCUGAAUCUCAGAGUCAGCAGAUUUUAAUUUAAAGAAUCUUACUCAACAUUUUGUAUCGUACAGAAUUAGUCUGCUUGUAGUUUGGAGAUUCUUUCUUUGUAUUUGUUUUGCUGUCUUCAGAUUUUUUUAGAAUCCAGGUAUCAAUAUACUUGAAACACCAAAAGGCAUCAUUUACAGUAACUGUAUGUCAUUCAGAGCGUUAUGACUUGUGCAUUUAGAUUUUUGUCUGUUUUUGGAAUGGGAAUAUAGUGCGCUAACCAUGGUUAAGGUUCAUAAUCUUUUUGCUAUAGUUGCUGAUUUCUGUUUUUGCAAAUGUUUUCCAUUCUUAACAGCUUGAUAUACCAAGGUGUAUGAGUUGUAAAGUUUUCCUUUUUUGACUGUUUCCUCUUCAGAGUUCGCUUUUUAAAACCAUAAUUAAAAUAUAAGGUGUUUAUUAUA